GGUCCUCCCACUCAACCGCAGAGGCAGCAAAGAGAAGCCAUAGCACAGCUGCACAGGAGAGGACGAGCCCAGGCGCCAAGAAAGCACCGCCCGUCCCGGUCUGUCGGUAUGGUGGCGGCGAUCGCGGUGGCGUCGGCGGGGCUCGGGAUGCUGGCGGGCGUGGCCAUGGCCAACAGGUCGUUGUCGUCGUCGUCGUCCGACGGCGCCGCGCAGUGGAGGCCCGGGGGCCCGGCGCUGCGCUGGGGCGGCGGAGGCGCCCCGCGCUGCGAGGCGUGCGGCGGGUCGGGCAAGGAGGAGUGCCGCCUGUGCGCGCGCUGGUCCGACGCCGGGGCCCGGGGAAAGAAGCAGAGCCGCUCCGGGUGCGGGGCGUGCGCGGGCACGCGCCGCACGCCGUGCCGGUGCUGCGGCGGGUCCGGCACCGGCCGCCGCGCCCCCGUGCGGAUCGCCACGUCCGCGCGCGCCGCGCUGACCGCCCGGACUGCCAGAUGACCACCGGACCGUCCGUCCGUCCGUCCGACGCGCCGACGCCGUGUCUCACUUCGCCUCUCCUCGACCGGGGCUCUCCCGGGUCAUGGACGAAGGCGGCUCUGUCUGCGGCGGGCGACAAGCUGGCUCAGCGGAUUCACGGGCGCGGAGCUGUUCGUUGCUGCUUCUUUUUUGGAUGGACAAAAA